AUGUUUGAGUCUAUAGAGCAUAGAGUGUGUCUAAGGCAUUUGUAUGCCAAUUUCAAAAAGAAAUUUGGGGGAGGCAGUGCAAUUAGGGAUCUGAUGAUGGGAGCAGCAAAAGCAACCUAUCUACAAGCCUGGCAGAAGAAGAUGCAAGAGUUAAGGCAACUUGAUCCAAAGGCUUGGGAAUGGCUAGUAGGUGUUCCAACCAAACUAUGGUGUAAGCAUGCAUUUAGCUAUUAUCCAAAAUGUGAUGUUCUAAUGAAUAAUCUUAGUGAGUCUUUUAAUAGUACCAUACUGCAGGCUAGGGAUAAACCAAUUAUCACUAUGUGUGAAUGGAUUAGGAAUUAUCUUAUGAAUAGGGUUGCUGUUAGUUUGACUAAGUUAGAUAAGUGGAAACAUAAGAUUAUGCCUAUGCCUAGGAAAAGAAUGGACAAAGAAAUUGUAAUGAGUGGUAAUUGGAUUCCUACUUGGUGCCAAGACUUGAUAUGGCAGGUUAACCACACAUUUGAUGGGCACCAAUUCAUUGUGGAUUUAGGUAAGAAAACAUGCACAUGUUGUUUUUGGGAACUUGUGGGCAUUCCAUGUAGGCAUGCCAUAGCUGCCAUGAGUUAUCAAAAGUUGGAUCCAGAAUCAUUUGUGGAUGAUUGCUAUAGUAGGGAAACAUACACUAAAUGUUACUCAUAUAGUGUGAGUCCCACUAAUGGCAUGGAUAUGUGGCCUACUGUUGAUAAUGAGGAUAUGCUUCCACCUUCAUACAAGAAAGGUCCAGGUAGACCCAGAAAACUUAGGAUUAGAGAGCAUGAUGAAAAUGGAUCUAGAAUGAGAAGGCCAGGUGUUAAUUAUAGGUGCACCAGAUGUGACAGCAUUGGACAUAACUCCAGGAAAUGUAAAGCUGAAGUUCAGAAUCCUGCAGCUUUAAAGAGAAAGAGAAAGGCACCAAGGAAAGCUGCUUCAUCAAGCAAUGUGGGUGACACAGAGACAGUAGAGGAUUACUUUGAGGGGGAAAUUGAUGCAACAAUUGAAGCAAUGGUGGCAUCAGUUGAAGCUGACUUAGCAACUCAAGCAUCACAGAUAGUGAAUCCAAGUCCUAUCAACAAGUCUCCAUCCAAGAACAAGACAAAGAACAAGAAAGUUGGCUCUAAGAAGAAAUGA